AUGGAUCCGCGUCACCGUGGACUCUACGUCCGAUGGUGCCAGAGUCCUCGUGUCGUGCUGUUAGUCGGUGAAGAUGUUGGCAUCGUUGAGAGAUUUCUCAUACCUCAAGAAUUUCUGCAACGUCGCUCGCGAACCCUCAGGGAACAAAUCGCCGAGCUCCCGCGAGAUCAUCCCACGAGAGAGAUUGCGCUGCCUGAGACUCCCCCUCAGACAAUGGAAGAGUUCUUCAUUUGGAACUUCGCCCCGAACCCUCAAAUCGACGAUCGGUUGAGUUUCAGCGAAGUUGUCCAACUUGGAGUGUUCGCCUGGAAGUAUCAGGUCUCCGCCUUGAGCAACCAGGUGACUGACCUGAUCCGCCAGAAUCUCGCAAACAAUGAAUGGAAACUGGAAGCUGCUGUUGUGGAUGCAAUUUACCAAGCAGCACCCGAUAAGAGUCCGCUCAGAGAGGUGAUCAAGGCAGCGUUGGGGCAGCUAUCAAGAUCCAGUAUCGAUGGCGAUGACUGGGAAAGAACCUGGAAGCGCAACCCAGACCUCAGCUGGGAUCAUCACAAGUCCUGUGACAAGGACUGGACAGCCAAGGACUACUUGACCGGGUCCUGCCGUUUCCAUAACCAUGACGAAAUCAAACGUCGGCAGAGUCUGUGUGAUGGAUGUCCCUAUGCCCAAGAAGACUGCUAUCCCUUCUGGGAAGAGGACGCCAAACAAGAGCAGAACGCAGAAGACAAAGAAGCAGUCGAAGAAACGCUACCAGCAGAAGAUCAGGUCACCGAGGAGAAGUUUCCCGACAUCAUUUCCGCGGAGCAAGCAGUUGAAGAAGUGAAUGGACUCGAGGCCUCAGCAGUCUUCGAGGACGCGCCUGAACAUGCGCCUGAAGAGACAACUGUCUUAUAUAGCGCUGUUGAGACAAACGGAUUCGUCGACGAUGGUGCUCUGGAGGAGGGGAUUGAGGAUGGUGACGGUAUGCAAACCCCACAGCCAGAGACCAACGGAGUCAAGCACCCCUCCUCCCCUGACGAAGGCCCGUGUGAGUCCGUGUGUGGCAGCGACGAAGGGGCUGCGGCGCCGAAUGGCUUCGUGUCCGUCAGGCUGGGAGAGAAAGGUCACGAAGAAGCCGUGCACGUGGAGGCAGCCAAUGGGCACGAGGUCCCCGUGUUCAGCGAGAAGAAGAAGAGCAAGAAAAAGAAGAAGAAGGGCAUGAGUAUGAGCAACGGUAACGUCAUCCCCAAUGAGGCACAACUUGUCAACUGA